CUCUCCUUAAUUCGCCUAUAAUUCGGCUCAUUCUCCCAACGGCCUAUCCAUCCCCAUAACGGCGCCGUCAAUUUCCCCGUUACAAAUCCCCCCGUCAGUGUGAACUGACUCUGGACCACCACCACUCUCCAUCCCUUAAAUAUCACUUUCUCAAUCCUCUCCGUCAAGAAUCAGCAUACAAAACUCAAUUACAAAUGGUAAGACACUCUAGAGAUAUUGAAGACGUUGCAAUGGUGAAAGCCGCCGCCGCCGCCGCCGCUCAAGUUGGGGUGAAAACCAGAACUCGAGCUACAAAGAAAAGAUCAAGACAUAUCAAGAUCUCUAUUAAAGUUAAAAGCAAUGUUACCAGUAGUCGUCAAGAACGCGUAAUAAUUAGGUCUGACAAUUCAGUUUCAUAUCCACUGGAUGUUAGUUCCGCUCAGCGGAUGGUGACUGAAGAGAGAUGUUCAAGCCCUAGCUUACAUGAUGAUCUUGAUGAUAAUCAUUCAUUAAUGUCGUCUACUUCUUGUUUUUCUAGCAAUGGAUCAUGCGAUGAGAUAAUUAAGUUCACAGAUCUGGAGAGAGUUGAAGUAGAAACGUCAAUGUAUUAUAGUAGUAGUCGUAGGGAAAGAGAGAAAACACCGACUUCAAGCGCUCUCCGGGAAGAAUCAAUGUCAGAAAACAUGGAUUCAACGGCAACCCCAGCGCCAUUGAAGAAGCCUAAUUCCCAUCGAAGAUCAACGGCCGCGGCGGUGAUAAGGAUAACAGAUGAAGAGGUUGAGAAAUUCUUCUGCGAAAUUGAGAAAACAGUUCCACAGCGCUUCAAAGACAAGUAUAACUUUGAUUUUGACAAAGACGAGGCGUUGGAAGGACGCUAUGAGUGGGUUAGAUUAAAUCCAUGAAGAAGAAAGAAAUUAACAAUGGCGUGUGCUUAAUCAAGCCAUGUUUAUUUUUAUUUAGAACUCCAUGAUUUUUAUUUCUCUAUCCUUGUUGUUUUGUGUACAGCUUCUUCUUUCUUGUUCUCUCUGUUAUAUUUAUGGUUUAGUUAGAAUUCAGAAGCUGAGUUUGAUCAUCUGUUUCUUCGUGUGCUGUACGGUGGUAGUGAUAACAAGGAGAAGCUUCUUUCCUGUUUUUCUUCCUUCA